CAGUUGCAAGAUUGUGUAUGUUAUUCUAUCAACGUUUCACUUCUUCUUCGUCACUUUGUUCGUAUCGUGGCCAAGGGGAAAGAAGAAGAAGAAGGAGAAACAGAACGAGUGAUAUAGUUGAAAUAAAUAAAUAAACACAUCUGUACGUGUAUUGUAUGAAGUAUUGCAUACACUCUGCCGAACAAAUCUCCAAAAAUUCAAGAAAUACGCCGAUACGAAACAUUCUGUUUCUGUUGUUUCAGCUGACAGAACGCAACUGUGUGCUAUUUUGCAAGGUCAAUUAAACAAUGAGUUCAUAAUUUCGAAAAUAAUUAAUUUGGAGUGAAAAUCAAAUAUUUUGAAAAAAUACAAUCUAAAAAUCACUAGUUGGACAAAAAAAAAAUCGAAAGUUAUUUUUUUAAAAAUUCAACAGUGCCAGAUGUUUGAAUGAUCAUUGUUCGUUUUGUAAUAAACGAUGAUCUCAUUAAUUUUGCUGAUUAUAUGCGUCACAAUAUUCAUUUAUGCGUAUUUCUUCUCCAGACCCAAAAACUUUCCACCGGGUCCACCCAGACUGCCAUGGCUUGGAAGCGUAAUUUUUAUGGUACUACUAGAUCCAAAGCACUUGCAUCGUGCCGCCAAACGGAUAUGUAAAUUCUAUAAAUCGUCGGUGAUUGGACUUAAUUUCGGUAAUUUGCCCAUAGUCGUUGUGAACGAUCUGGAGAAUGUGAAAAAAAUGCUAAAUCAUCGCGAUUUUGACGGACGGCCGGAUAUUUUAAUGGCCAGAUUAAGGCAUCCACAGUUCGAAAGACACGGAAUCAUUUUCACCGAUAGCGAUCAGUGGCACGAACAACGGCAGUUUGCUUUGCGACAUUUACGAGAAUAUGGAUUUGGUCGACGCUUUGAUGCAUUUGAAGAAGAAAUUGACACACAAAUUGCUCAAUACAUUGAUUUGGUUAAAAAUGGACCGAAAUAUCCACACGAAAAUAAAUUCUACAAAGACGGCAAAAUCUUACUACCGUAUGCAUUUGGCCCCACCAUAGCCAAUUGCUUAAUGAAGAUCUUUCGCAAUGAAUGCAUACCUCGCGAAGAUAUGGGCGAUCUCAACACACUUAUCGAAAAUUCAUUCAAAUUCCAACGGAAUACCGAUGAUUAUGGAAAGCUAUAUAGUUUGAUUCCGAUUUUGGCAACGCUGUUCCCCGACUUGUCUGGUUACAAAGCAGGGAGAGACGCUUCAAUUUCGACCUUUGAAUUUUUCUCGAAUAUUGUGCACGAGCAAAUUAAAACAUUUGAUGAAAGCUAUGAGCGAAACUUCAUCGAUAUGUACUUAAACAAAUUGAAACAAGCUGAAUCGAAUCCAGAGGAAAAAACAUAUUUUUCAAUUGAUCAAUUGAUCUUCACUUGCAUGGACUUUAUGCUACCGGUAACGUCAUCGAUGCCACAAACAAUCACGUUCUUAUUGCAACAACUUUGCCACGAACCGGAAGUGCAGCGAAAAAUUCAAGAAGAAAUCGAUGAGGUCACUGGCGAUCGUCCGCCAACUUUAGAUGAUCGUGCAAAUAUGCCAUACACGGAGGCGUGUAUGCGUGAAAUAUUGCGAUACGAAACGUUGAUUCCAUCUGGACUACCGCACACAGCACUCGUUGACACCGAAUUUUUGGGCUAUCAUAUUCCGAAGGGAACACUUAUCAUGCCCGCUUUGAACGCAGCCAUGCACGAUCCAUCAGCAUGGGAUCAACCAGACGAAUUUUUUCCGGAACGAUUUUUGGACGCAUCAGGGAAACUCAGCUUGAGCAAAGACAUUUCGGUGUCAUUCGGUGCUGGACGGCGUAUGUGUGCUGGCGAGACAUUUGCACGUAAUAUGCUAUUUCAAUUCAUAACUGCAUUCUUGCAAGCGUUCAGCGUUCGAAUGCCCGACGGCGAAAAACCAUUGGAUUUCAAUGAAAAUCUUACCGGCACCAUUCGUACAUCGCCAGAUUAUUGGGUUCAAGUUACCACACGCUAAUAAUGCGUUUACGGUUUUUUUCGAACUCUACGAAAAUUUUAUUAACGAUAAUUCUUACUCCAAAAAUACUCAAUUAUUCAAACAUUUAAUCGCAUUUAGUUUCAUCACAUUUAUGUGGAUUGAAACAAAUUUAUUUGACUUCUAACGAAACUUUUAUUAGUUUUUCUCAAAAAAAUUGUAUUUCUUUAAUACUCUUCUUAUUCACUCGAUUAAGAUUUCUGUAAUGAAUGAAUAAAAGUCUUCUUUUUUAUGCAUUUAUGAA